AUGAUGGAGUUGACUACUGCGGGUGACGAGAACGAGGCGAAUGAGACGGUGGUAGACGUACUACCGGGUGACGAUGGACACCGGAAGGGCGUGCAGUACAGUGGGCUGGGGUGGGUUUCAAGGCGGCGUGUGGUGUCUUGCGGUGGUGAAUCUAGUGCUGUGUGGAUCUGGAGUUGUGACCGAGGAGAGGGCAUCGCGCGUGGGACCUUGGAGGUGGUCGACGGCGGAUUCAUGCGGACAGUGGUUGUUGUGGAGAGAACUCCGUAGAGGAUCAAUGAUAACAAGAAGAAGUGCGCAUUUUAGCGCUUUAGUUGAGGUUUUUAUAAUAGGAUGAGAGUCCGAUUACUUUGCGGUGGCGUACAGCUGUGUUGGUUCGACGAAUAGCUUAGACGAACUGGGGCAAGAUCGUGCACCAAGCACAGUCGCUCACGCUCCGCUUGCAAGCAGGCGUUACGAAAACCUGCCAAUAACAUGUCAGAUAUCUGAUGAGAGCUUA